AUGGGUCCCUUAUUUGUUCUGUUGUUGUUCUAUCACUUGAGCAAAAAGAUUCGUGAUAUCUCCAACCGACUAGUCGGUAACUACUUCGAGCCAGAAAAAGACACCGUACUCAUUACAGGGGGAUGCUCCGGUUUAGGGAAAGAGCUCGUCAACACGUUUGCCGCUACUAGAGCCAAAGUAGUUGUACUAGAUAUUGUCGUACCAACUGACGAAGAACAGCCUGAAAAUGUUUACUACUACAAGUGUGAUGUUAGCGACAGAAAGCAAGUUCUCCAAGUCCACAAAACCAUCAAAAAGGAGAUCGGCAAUAUUACAGUGCUCAUUAACAACGCUGGAAUCACUACUGGCAAGCCCCUAGUCGAUCUCAGCUACCAUGAAAUAGAGAAAACUAUACAGAUAAAUUUAAUGUCCAGUUUCUACACCAUCAAGGUAUUUCUUCCUUCCAUGCUCAGAUUGCACAGGGGGUACAUUGUUACUAUAGCCUCUGUGUUAGGAUACAUGUCCCCGGCUAGAUUGAGUGCAUACGGAGCAUCAAAAUCGGGGCUCAUUGCUCUUCACGAGUCUCUUACUUACGAAUUGGGACCCCCAUCGAUGAACCCUACGGGGGUGAAAACUUUACUAAUCUGUCCCGGUCAGUUAAAAACCGCCAUGUUUUCGGGUGUAAAUACUCCGUCCUCGUUAUUGGCCCCUGAGCUAGAUCCCAAGUAUGUCGCCUCUAGUGUUCUUUCAGCUCUAGAGCUUGGUCGCAGAGGCGAAAUCAAGCUUCCUCUCUACGGAAACUUCUUGCCGAUGUUCCGCGCAUUUCCAUGGCCCAUUGUUGAAGUAGCGAGAGCAAUUUCAGGCAUCGACCACAGCAUGAAUUCCUUUAAAAACACACUCACAAAAGUGGCCAGCACUGUCUCUACAUUAUCACAAUCAGGAUCCAAGAAUAGCUCAGAGAAAGCCUCUUUACUAGGAGAAGUAGAUGUCAGCGAAGGGGUCAGUGAAAUAGUAACGGCUUAG